AUGAGUUGCUUCGAAUGCUGCAUCAAGUGUCUGGGAGGAGUCCCCUACGCCUCUCUGGUGGCCACCAUCCUCUGCUUCUCCGGGGUGGCUUUGUUCUGUGGCUGUGGACAUGUGGCUCUUGCAGGCACUGUGGCGAUUCUUGAGCAACACUUCUCCACCAACACCAGGGACCAUGCUGUGCUGAGUGAGGUAAUCCAACUGAUGCAAUAUGUCAUCUACGGAAUUGCAUCCUUUUUCUUCCUGUAUGGGAUCAUCCUGCUGGCAGAAGGCUUUUACACCACGAGCGCAGUGAAAGAACUUCAUGGGGAGUUUAAAACCACCGCCUGUGGCCGAUGCAUCAGUGGAAUGUUUGUCUUCCUCACCUAUGUGCUGGGAGUGGCCUGGCUCGGUGUGUUUGGCUUCUCUGCGGUGCCUGUGUUUAUGUUCUACAACAUAUGGUCAACUUGUGAAGUCAUCAAGUCACCUCAGACCAACGGGACAGCCGGUGUGGAGCAGAUCUGCGUGGAUAUCCGACAAUACGGUAUCAUUCCUUGGAACGCUUUCCCAGGAAAAAUAUGCGGCUCUGCCCUCGAGAACAUCUGCAACACCAACGAGUUCUACAUGUCUUAUCACCUGUUCAUUGUGGCCUGUGCCGGAGCUGGUGCCACCGUCAUUGCCCUGCUGAUCUACAUGAUGGCUACUACAUAUAACUAUGCGGUUUUGAAGUUUAAGAGUCGGGAAGAUUGCUGCACUAAAUUCUAA